UUGUCGCUUCGACUUGGCACUAGCUUAACUCCGCGUAGUUCGGUCCGCGGUGCAGAAAGCGCGAGUGCGGUGGUCGAGUCGCUGCGAUGGCCGCGCCAGAGGUAGGAACGCGCCACGCGUCCGCGAGUGCCCAAGCCCAGACGAUGGAUUGGCUGCGUCGGCAGGAGCAGCUCUCGACUGGGAGCCCCGAAGACAAUGACGACUACUACUGCGAUGAGGCGCUGAGCCUGAACAAUGUGAACUCGGCGACGCUGAGGCCAUACAACCCGGACUCCACGCCGAGGAUCGAUAGCUAUAGAAUCUCUAUGGCUAAUCUCGAGGAUUCGCCAGAUGUUGAUCUCGAUGCAAUACUCGGCGAACUGUGUGCACUGGAGCAAAGAUGCGAGAGCGACAUGGCGUCUGCGCCGAAUUCAGAGAACCAGCGGCAAAACAGGCCUAGCAACGGCAGGAUUCAGUCGGAGGAUAACACUGACAUUGGCAAAAAUGAAGGAAUGCGCACCGAUAGCCCAGACAACGAUAGUGCCUUCUCCGACACGGUGUCAAUGCUGUCGAGCGAGAGUUCAGCGAGCAGCAGCGGUUCCGGCCACAAACCAGCCCAGACCACUCACAUUCACACAGCCCCGCAACAGCAGCCUCACCAGCUUAUCGACGCUGCCAGCCGGGCGAAAGCAGAAAAAAUACGACUAGCCCUGGAGAAGAUGCGGGAGGCUAGCGUGCAGAAGCUUUUCAUUAAAGUGUUCACUCUGGACGGUAGUGGCAAGAGCCUCCUCGUCGACGAGAACAUGAGCGUAGCCCAUGUCUGCAGAUUGCUAGCAGACAAAAAUCACGUGCCAAUGGAUCCCAAGUGGGCCGUUGUCGAGCAUCUUCCUGACCUCUUUAUGGAACGAGUGUACGAGGACCACGAGCUUCUGGUGGAAAAUCUGCUGCUCUGGACUCGUGACUCCAAGAACAAGCUGUUAUUCGUUGAAAGGUCAGACAAAACGCAGCUGUUCCUUGCUCCCGAGAAAUUUCUCUUGGGCCCAUUGGAUCGUGGCAACGGCGAGUACGACGAUCACUCGCGUAACAUUCUGCUUGAGGAAUUUUUCUCGACCAGCAACGCUGGAGUCCCAGAGGUCGAAGGUCCGCUGUAUUUGAAGUCCGACAGCAAGAAAGGCUGGAAGCGAUAUCACUUCAUUUUGCGCGCAUCCGGUUUGUACUAUUGGCCCAAGGAGAAGGCUCGCACAGCUCGUGACUUGGUCUGCUUAGCAACAUUCGACGUGAAUCAAAUAUACUACGGCGUCGGCUGGCGGAAGAAGUUUAAAGCGCCGACGGACUGCUGUUUUGCCAUCAAGCAUCCGCGAUUGCAGCAGGCCAAAUCCACUAAGUACAUCAAGUUUCUGUGCGCUGAGGACAAUGCUGCUCUUGAACGCUGGAUGGUUGGCAUACGCGUGGCCAAGUACGGCCCGAAAAUCAUGGAGAAUUAUCGGACGCUAGUGGACGAGCUUGCUCAGGAGGAUCUGGAUAUGUUGGCGCAUGCAAGGUCCUGCUCCGUUAGCUCGAUCGCCACCACGCCGGCCAAUCAGACGCAGUACAACACGGCCAACGACAACGCCAGACAGUAUAACGAGUGUUCGAGGCUCAACGGCGAGACCACGCUGAUGAUCCAAACCCAAGGUAGGCACUACGACUCCAUAGUCGUCCAGCGGCAAAGCUACAACGGCAGCGAGCAGCGUCAGAGCUACGGCAGCGACGGCCGCUUGAGUCGCGCCAGUAGUUCCAGCUCUAGCGGAUGUUUGUCCGAUGGCGCACCUAGCAGCUGCGAGGUGGCCUUUGAGUGUGGAGAGUUUCCCACCGGUACUAUUAAGAGGAAGCCGUCCAUGAACCCAAAACUUCCACUGACUUCGAUCACUCGUCAGUUGAAGGAGGUAGGGGAGACGGUGCGCGACGUGCCGGACUGCCCAUCGCCGACCGGUUCGGGCUCGGGUACCUUGACUCGCCGACACAGCCGGAGGAGAAGCGGUACGGAUUCCGAUGGUUCUGGUACCCUCAAAAGACAUCAUAGGUCCGGAAAUGCAACACCUGUUAGUCCAGUCCCACCGGGUACCCCCGUUAGAGAACGAGCCAGUCCACUGAAUUAUAAUCGUACCGAAAGCCAGGAGCUCAAAUCACCGACUAGUCCAAUACAAUCUUGCAUGAUGGACUCGAUAACUUCUCUACCGCCACCGCCACCAUCGCCAUCACGUUUGACCGAAGAAGCCGAGUCCGACAGCGAACCAUUGCCUCCACCUCCCCCGGAGAUGUUUCGUUCGAACCUCUCGCUGGACUCGCUGCCGCCACCGCCGGCGCCUGGAGAACUAUUAAUGUGCGAUACCAGCGAUCUAAGUGGCUCGACGCUGAGCUUGGCUUCUCUACCGCCACCGCCGAGUCCUCUGGUCGGAGAGACCGCGACCAUCCGUCGCGCUAAGCCUAAGCAGACAGCCGCUGAGGACACCCCAAACAAUUCGAUUUCUCCCAACAGCAUGCCCACGCACGUCAGCAGUAAUCAGCGACCAUCGCUCAUCUACGCCUCGAUCGCGGCCACUUUGAAUGGUGUCAACGGCUCACAGAACUCCUCGUCCCAUAACUUGUUCCCGGCGUCGAAUGCCAGCACGCCCACCUACGUCCCGAGCUCGCCCAGCUUUAUCGUCGCUCAACCACCGCCCUUCGUUCCUCCGCCGGCUUACGGCUCGCAGAUCAGUGGGUCCGGGGGCGCUACGCAACUCUCGAGGCAGAACUCCAAGAUCUGCGAACCUAUCUACGUCAGCCAGCAGCAGACACAGCAGAUGAACGGCUCGGCACUGGCUAAGGGGAGCGCCGUGGUCGGCGGCGACACCAUCAGGCGGAGCGCCCUGAAGCAGGGAAGCGGGCACUAUGCGAGCCCGCCCUACCUGGCCGAGCUAAAGGCUAGCUCGAGUCCGCAGUCGCAGCGCCGCGUGACCAUCCAGGAGCCGCCAAUGUCACCCAAGCUGUCUAAAACACCCACGGUCAAGAAGAUCUCCUUUAAUCUGCCGCCUCAGCAGGAGCCGGGCAGCCCGGCAUUGCCGGUGCGCAAGCCCCUGCCGCCGCGGCGCUCCGACAGCACGAGACUGACCUCGCCCAAAAAGCUGGCUGUCUCCGAGCAAGCACCCCCGGGCGAUUUUCUGAAGGAUUUGCAGCGUGUCAUGAGGAAGAAGUGGCAGGUGGCGCAGAAGUGCAAACUUGAUACCACGACCACGCCUCACGAGGUGCUAGGCUUCAGGGAUCCGCCGCCAGCUACCGCCGACUACCGGGAGACUAAUGUGUCCAAUUGGGUGCAAGAGCACUACGGGGCUGACAACCUCUAUGAAAACGUGUACACCACGGAUCCGAACGCGCCUGUCGAGUAUAUCGCGGCUAGCAAUACUACCAGUCCCGUCAGGCAGCCCAGCGUGCGCUUCGCCGACGAGAACAGAAGCAUGAUCGCCAAUGCGAUUGUCGGAAAGAGGAGGCCCCCGCCUCCACCGCCUAAGCGAGCGGAGACGACACAUCUGACGACCGCGGCCAGAUCAAUGCACUGACCAUAGCAGAUCGAUCAGUUCCGUCCCGAAAGUCAAUCGUACUGCUGUCUCUGUAACUGGUGGAGAGUUUGAGGGCGUAUCAAUUUCCUUGAUGACCAACUCCCCGCAAGUUUUGCUAAUCAAAGAGCUUUUUUGAGGAACAACAAAUAUUACGAAAUGCGCAAAAACGAAUGGGAAUUCGAAGCUAAUUGUGUUGCUUAAUCGGUUAUUCAUUUGUCAUCGAUAUUUUUACAUCUAUUUAAACAAUGGCUGAUGAACUUUUUAUACUAUUUGCAAAGCCAAUGAGUGCAGCGAGCCAUUGAUACAAGCUUUGAUAGUGUCUUUGAACAUCGUCGAUUUUAUCAAUU